UCGUACAAAAUGUUACACCUCGCCCCUGAGUGGAGGAGAGGAAACACUAAAAAGCAGCCCUGGGUACCAAAGAACACACUAUUUAGCACUGUAGUGUGAGGAUCUGGCUGUGCUACAAGCUACGAGCUGUUAGAUAUAGCCUGUUUAUUUUCCCUGCACCAGUAAAACCUACGCUGAAUACUGCACAAUACUUUGGGUAAAAAAUCUGGCAUGAAUGACUGUUGCUUUCAAUGUGGAUGUAGACCCUAGAGUGAGAUGCUGAAAACUGCGGCUGAACACACACACACACACACACACACACACACUGAGCCCACCUGCUCUGCACACACUCAGAGCUGAUGAAGCGAUAACAUCCACAGCAGCGUCCGGAACAUGGGCUUUUCUGAAGGGGAUUUCCAGCACACAUUUAAAACAUGUGACACACUGCCUUUUAGUCGAUUAACCGAGCUUUCCAGCUUUGCUCUGGAUACUUCAUAUCGAAUAACUGCAGCUUUGUGAAUGGGGAAAGUGGGCGUUCUGCGGAUUCAUCUCUAGCAUCAGCCACCCUCAGCAUGUCAGGAAACACAACACUUCUGCUUUCCAGCUCCACAAACAUCUUGGACAACUCUUCUGUUCUGAAUGUCUCUGUUGCACCUCCCCUGCCUUCCUGGGAGACCCCGACUUUCACCACAGCUGCUCGAUUCCGUGUUGUUGCCACACUGGUGCUCUUUGUAUUUGCAGCGGUCAGUAACCUGUCAGUACUGCUCAGUGUGACGCGAGGUCGGGGCAGGCGCUUGGCCUCACACUUACGCCCGCUGAUCGCCAGUCUGGCCUCGGCUGACCUCGUCAUGACUUUUGUGGUGAUGCCACUGGAUGCAGUGUGGAAUGUGACAGUGCAGUGGUAUGCAGGGGAUGCCAUGUGUAAACUCAUGUGCUUUCUGAAGCUGUUUGCCAUGCACUCAGCUGCGUUCAUCUUAGUGGUGGUGAGCCUGGACCGACACCAUGCCAUCCUGCACCCACUGGACACACUGGAUGCGGGACGCAGGAACAGGAGGAUGCUGGUGACUGCAUGGAUACUCAGCCUGCUCCUUGCUUCCCCACAGUUAUUCAUUUUCCGGGCAAUUAAGGCAAAGGGAGUUGAUUUUGUCCAGUGUGCUACACAUGGAAGCUUCCAGAAGCACUGGCAGGAGACGGCAUAUAACAUGUUCCACUUUGUCACACUCUAUGUGUUCCCUCUGCUUGUCAUGAGCUUGUGCUAUACACGUAUCCUGGUUGAAAUCAACCGCCAGAUGCACAGAAGCAAGGACAAAGGAGAGCCUUGUCUGAGACGCAGUGGAACGGAUAUGAUCCCUAAAGCUCGCAUGAAGACCCUAAAAAUGACCAUCAUUAUUGUUGCCUCCUUUGUCAUUUGCUGGACACCGUAUUACCUCCUUGGGAUCUGGUACUGGUUCCAGCCACAGAUGCUUCAUGUCAUCCCUGAUUAUGUUCAUCAUGUCUUCUUUGUUUUUGGAAACCUCAACACAUGUUGCGAUCCGGUCAUAUACGGUUUCUUCACACCGUCAUUCCGUGCCGACUUGUCCAGAUGUUUCUGCUGGAGGAACCAGAAUGCUUCAGGCAAAUCUCUGGUGCAAUUUUCUGGUCACAGGAGAGAAGUCAGUGGGGAAGCAGAGUCAGACUUGGGCAGUGGUGAACAACCCAGUGGACAACAAGCACAAAUGAUUUGAACUCAAUAAUGUUUUUGAGGGAACUGUGAUGAUCAUGUUUUUUGUUUAUGUUUUUAAUUCUGCCUUAUCUGCCAAUCUCUAAUCAUCACCCAACGUGAGCGGAGUUAAGAGAUCUGAAUCUGAAUCUCUAUUACAGCUGACUUCAUAUGUAACCAGAUACUGACACAAAUAAGGUUGCCUUUAAUCUGUAAUCUAUAACACUGGCUUUGACAUGAAACAGUGACAUGUUUAUUUGCAAAGUGUCACCAUUAAUUAUGUGUACAUGCACAUCGGUUGUGCGUGGUAGCUCUUACACCCAUACAGUACCUCGGUUUUAGGAUGUUAUUAAGAGCCAAUUGAUUUCCAAGACCAGCAGUAGGUUAGUGAGGCAUUAGCUAGAAACAAGAAUGCAAGGAACCUGAUAAAUUAUAAAAGAACACAGCAGGAGAUCACCAAAGAACAGCUUUGAAUGUGAUGAAAAACUAUCAAACAACAUUCUCAAGGAUACUCAGUAGCAAUAUAAUUUCCACUGAUUACCAUGAAAGGAUGAAUACAUGAAUUCAACCUCGAAGAAAUUGUUUUUCCUUUUAUAGUGUACUUUUACAUGGAGCUGUAUGGCGAAGGAUUGAUGUUCUCCCUGUGUUUACAUGGAUUUCUUCGGUGUGCGUCGCACAGCUGGGAAUGUGUCCGUGAUGUACGCAUGUUUGUCGCACAACAUGCAUACUAUGUACACCAAUCUGAUUGUUGUGAACCAUGAUUAUAUAUAAGUGCUUUUUUGUAGGUUGCGUUUGAUGAGACUGACUUAUAGAUGACUUAUAGAUGUUACUGAUCUUUACGUAUUUGCUGUAAGAAAGAUGUAGGAGUAGGAAUUUGUACAGAAUUUGUCCUUAUAAAAAGCAUGUCUUAAUGUUUGGAUGGAAAAAAAGUGUUGGAAAUAGAAGGCAUGGGUACUGGAAAAGGAAGGAAGGAAGGAAGGAAGGAAGAAAAAAAAGAAAGAAAAAGCUUAUAAAGAUUACAGAUUAGAGGAAAAUCCAAAACUGUGGAAAGAGAAAAGUUUAAUCAUAUUAUUUUGCUUAUUAUUCAGAACCUCAUUGGUGAAACCGGUGUUUUUCUCUGAGUGAAAUUGGCUCACUUAACUGUUAUUGACAAUGUGGCAGCAACCGAGUCUGAGAGCCUGAGCUCUGCUGAUCAUGUGCAAGAGCAAGCAAAUGAUCUCUGAAAAAUAUAGAAUUCAACAAAACAAAAACUAUAUUAAAUAGGGUUUCCAUAGUUACUCUAUUGUGUUAAAUUCAAUAGAAUCAACCUCUGACCACCUUAAUAAGAAUUAGAAGAGAAUUAGUCAUAUGACUUGGAGUAAACUGAAUAAUAGAUGUAAGUGCAGAUAAGUGGACACCUGAGGACACAAAAGGUAAUGGGUUGCUUGGUAACAUGCUGCUUUAAUCGUUAAUCGCUGCUUUAAUGGAAGUAUUGACAGACAGAUAAAAAGACCUAGGUUUUUUUUUUGAGUUUAUCGGAAACACCACAAGAGGGUCUUGUAUGAAAAAUAUAUAUACGUGAUCAGUGUAGCAGAGAAAAGUGCUUUGCGUGUGCCUAACCCUAAUAAAUCUACUGUAAUCUUUUCUAACAUCCAAACCACUGUGCUUUUUCAGUGUGCUAGCAUAUGUGAGUUUUUGCUUGUGAAUUUGAGCACACACGCUGCGAAUGCAUUGUGCUGUGUGUGUACUCUGUGCUGACAAUCCUGACAGGAUGCACUGUAACCGCUGCAAUCUAAUUGCAUCAGGACACCAGCAGGGCCAUCCUUAUCUCUGAGCAGUCUCAACAUCACUGUCACUGACAAAGACAGAAGCUCUACAAAACCCCCCAACCACACCAACCCACCAAACACAAACACAUAUAAACUCACACACAUAAAGUUACCAUACAUCUCCAGUGGAAGCGGAUGUGACGAUAAUGCGUAAUAACUGCUUGUUGUCACCCUGCUGUAACAAAAUAUCAGUGGCUAAUCCAUUCACAUAAGCAAUUGUAAUGCAGUUAUGAUAAACUGGGAAAUAAGCUUAAUUAAAUGAUACUUGCAGACACUCCGGUCUAGUCACGCUGAUAAGAUUUUAACAAGACAAAACACAAAUGAAAACUCAUUUCAAGUAUUCAAUUAUAAAGCAGCUCUGGAGAAUAGUAAGCACAUUUAUAAACAAGAAUGUCUUUCACUGAAUAUUAAAUGGUGUUAAUGGGUCAAGAGUCAAACCAUGAGAGAACAGUUAAGAAUGAAGAAAAGGUUUCAUGAUGACUGAGAUGUUUGGCUAAUACUAAAAGAAAAACAGUACAGAUAAAAUGGGGUAAUAUUCUACACCGGCAAUCAGCUGAAGCUUGAUCUCUUUAGGUGUUUCCCAGGCCAAAAACAAUGAAAAAAACCCUCGAGCUAACUAUGGCACAUUCACACAAUCCCUCAGACCCUUCCCUAAGUGUAAUAUGUGACAAGAUGGCGCAUUCAACCCAGUAAUACAAACUUAUAGUACACAGAAUAUACGGAGUUGAUGGGGAUUAGUUAGCUUCAAGCAGCAAUGCUAGGCUUUAAUACAUUUUCAGCAGCAAAAUAAAGAGGAAUCUCCAAUAACAGGCUCUAGUCUGACAAAACAUUACACUGCCUUCAGCAAUAUUUCUUGAAUGAAACAAAUCGCAGUGUGCAUAAAGAUCACAUCCAUUUGGUACCAAGUGCAAUAUUUCUGAUUUAGUGUAGAAGGCCACAGAGGAUGCAUCUUCUAAUGACUAUUGAACAUCUAUCCACAUAUUGAUCUAUUUUUAUGAGGGUUAAAGAUUCACAUGGUAAUGGAUACACGUUCGUUUGUCACCCGUGCAAAUCAGAAAUGAAACCACUGUCAAGAUCCAAAACGUUAUGCACUGAUUUAAGGGCAUCUAGGUUGUUGAUUACCUAACUGAAAGAAAAUUAAAGAUGACCUCAGGUGUGAUUUAUUUUUAUGACGAUUCUGCUAUAUGAAAUAAUAACAGUAUUAUUCAGAUUGCCUCCAAACACAUAAACACAGCUAUUUAAUUUCAUGUUAUAUGGAAUACUGUAUGCCCUGUAGUGUUAACUAGCUGGGCAAAUAUUUCUUGACAUGUUGAAUAUACAUGAAAGCAUUAAUAAGAGUGGUUUAUUUUAUCAGAAAGGCUAAACCUGCUAUGACACACACUGUAUGAAAUGUGUACUACAUUUUUAUUUUGUUCAAUAAUGUAGUUGCCCAAUAAAAUAAAAAUAGAGCUGAUUUAGUGAUUUAGUCUUCAAGGUACAAGUCUGAGCCUCAUGUCAUUUGUCUGUCAGGUUUGGUUUAAAUCACUGCUUUGUUUAUUCUGGUUUAUUUCCCUCUUUUGCCCUUUUGCUUAGACACUGGUUUUAGAUUGAUUCUAUCGUUUUGACCUUUUCCUUUCCUUGUAUGAUUAGUCUUUUGCCUGUCUUUUUGGACUGUCUGCUCUUAUUUUAAUAAUCUCUGUUCAUUGCAGUCAUCUCUGUUAAGAUUUUCACAGUCUGACAGACAACUGACAGCUUGUGUUAUACUCUGUGAUUGUCAGAUUCACUAAAUGGCAGCGUGACAGCGUUUGACGAAUGAGUUUCAUUGGAAAAUGUAUAUGAAAUUUGGCAACACUGAUUUAAAAAUCUGCUGUAUAACAAUAAUGUAGGCUGAAAAGCCUUUAACUGUGAUGGUCAUUAUGUUAUAACAAUGGAAUUAUAAACAUUUUUAAAAAUAAUGUUUUCAUAUGUUAUGUUGCACCAUAAGACUAUUUUAACUUUAUUAAAUAUCUCAACUAAAUAUUUAGAUGUUUGGGAUGUCACAUCAUCCACCAUUAUGUGGAUAGCCACUAAGCUACUAGUCAAUAUGUCAACACAAAUCUAUUUGAAUCAACUUGAAAUGGAAAACAGCGGUCUUGAGGUUGAUGAGCUUGAAAUUGAAGGUUGAUGCUGGUGGAAUAAGCUUGUAUAAAUUUGCAUGCACAUUUAUGUGAAACAUAUGAAUUGAGACAGUCACUAUUUUGCAAUGAAUGUCAUUUGUACCAGCUUGAAGCUUUGUGGUAAAUGUGGUAAAUCUUACCUGCAAACAUUUUAUACUUAAUACCUUUCCCAGAAACUCUUUGGCAGAUGUGUAAAAGUCAUUAACUCUUUCCUGUUACAGAGGACAUAACCAACUUGCAGAAUCAGAAUUAUGCCCUUAACUCACACUUAUACUCUGAUUCAAUAAUAAUCUUUCUGACAUACAGUAAACUCUUGAUGUUUAAAGAAAAGCUUUAUUAAACACUGAUUACCACAGAGAAGAUGGAGGCUAAAGUUAAAGGGAAAAUUAAAGGAAGAAUCGGCAGUCAGUGUUAGGACACAAUGAUAGUGCAAGUUUUUGAAUCUGCACUGAAAGAAACCCUGAGAUAUUCUCUUAACCCAUCUUAGACAGCACUUUCUAACAGUUUAGAUUUGUUAGAAAAGGCUAUAGCAUAUAGAACAUUAUUCUUAUAUUCACUGAACCAUUAGGUGAGACUCUUUAGAUCCUGGAAGAGAGAACUCCCAUCCACGUAGUACUGUUUUAGCACAUUCUACAGUAUGUGUAAUGUAAUGUGAUAAGUUAGAAUAACUUUGCAUUGAUUUGCAGUCGACCUUUUCCUCUCUGGUAAUAUAUGAAGGCAAGAUUUGGAAAGUUCACAUUUGGAAAUUUCCAGCUGUAGGUAAAGUAGAGGUGUGUGUAGAACAUUAAGAAUUAUUCUCUGACCAUAUCAUGAUUUCUGCAUCAACUUUUAUAAAACACGGUAAAACGUUUUUUUUUUUUUCUGUUAAAGAUAGAUUGUUUCCCGUCAGUGUCUAGUGAGAGAUGAAUCAUCAGGAGCAAUUUUCACUCUCAGGGAGAACAAAAGCACUGCAGAGAUGCCAUUUAUAGAUCUGUGGAUCAACACUCUGUAAGGCAUGACGUAGAUAACAACACUUUUUAAGGAAUGCUCCUGAGUAUUUCUUCUUAAUCUCUUUCCCCUGCAUCUGUAUUAAAAAUGGUAACUGUAUUAUCUCUAUCACCAAUGUCAGUCCCUUUUGCGUUAUUAACUAUAAAAGGCCUAGGAUGAGACAUGAAAGUAAAGUCUUAAUAAAAUUUCACAGUUUACUUUAGUGAGUAAAUUUAAUCAGGUUUGUUAUCAUUAAAUCAUCCUCCGAACAAUUUAUGAAUAAAUUUGGUAUUUUAUGGCUUGAUAAAUACAAACUCUGACCAAGCAGAAGUAAUUAUCUAAAUAUUGA